AUGGUCAACUCUAUAUCAGAGCCAAGUCACAACACUACUCGGACUAUUGAUUCGACGGAUCGGGAACAUUCACCGGAGCUAUCGCACCCGCAAAUGGCAGGAGGCGACUAUGCAAGGGUUCAAGCUAAUUUGGCAUCAUCCGAUGAUGAGGAAUGGGGGCAGAAAAUAUCAGAAAGACGCCAUGCACAUCCACAAAUACCCAGAGUAGCUCGCAGUGUCAGUCCACCCACGCCGCGUUUUGUGGGGGAUCUCAACCCGGAAGCCCGACUUCUAGAGGAACAAAUUUCCCCAGAAGAUGUGAAACAUACCGACUCCGAUAAUGUCGGUCUUUGGAUUCAUCCCGGCUCUUCCAAGACAAGCGAAAUUGCCCCUUCCAACCAGAAUACCUUUCAGAGGGAGCCAACUUGUUACCGGAGUAUGGUGUCUGACAUUAUUUCUCAUAAGACUGUUGAGGCUCUAUCAAGAAUUUAUUUUGCUAAUGUGCAUCCAAUCGUUCCACUUCUCAAUGAAGACGAGUACUGGCAGGGUCUCGCUCGUGGUGCCAUUGCUACACCCUUGGUGCAUGUUGUGUGUUUGAUCGCCGCAAAGGACAGCGCGGCUGAGAAGGAUUUAAGACUUCUGCAUUCGAAAGAGAGUAUCAUACCUGUGCGCAAGUUUUGCAGUCGGCUAUAUUCGUCCAUCACAAGCUUAAUUUCUCACCCUGUCGCAAUGAGGAAAAUCACUAUGAUGCGGGUACUCGGUCUGCUAUCGCUACACCAGGAAGGUAGUGAUGGGGGAGAGCAUGCCUCCAGCUACAUUUCUCAAGCUAUCCAUUAUGCCCAGUCUUUGGCGCUGCAUCUACCACGACCUAAUGAUACCGAGGGGUGCUUAAAAAGAGCAUUUUGGUGUCUCUGGACUCUCGAUCGUCUCAACUCCGCGACCAAUUCAAGACCAUGUUUUAUAGCCGAUAUGGACAUUGCAGUUUCCGACCUAGCGCCCGAAGAGUCCGGUUUUGUCGCCUUUAAUGUAUGGUUUCGAGUUGCUAAAAUGCUAAACAAGGUCAUUGGGCUCUAUCGUCCUCAUAUUGAAAAGGGCUUAUCCGGCUGGGAUUCUGGGUUCCCUGGUUUUGAGCAAAUUAUGGAUGAAAUGAGCGCAUGGGGCCUUCCUGGAUCAACGAUUGGUUUGUGA